AUGCCUGCUCCGAUUGUCGCGCUAGGCUCUCUGCCAAACUCUACUGAUCCGUAUGGCAAUGAUGAAUUACGGAAUGCGGUACUUGAUCGGAUAAACAAGGCACUUAGACCGAAUCCCACUCGUGCUGCUUCGACUUCCUCGUCUGAAUCAGAGGCUGAAUUACCCCCUUUUAAUAUGGUUGUCGAGGAUCCAGUGGAGUGGGAACCAGAAAACGCCUUUCUACGGGAGGGCUGGGCAGAGGUACUUGCAGCGGGUGAGGAGGCCAGGAGACUGGCCUCCUUACCCAAGGCAAAACCAAGAAUGCCGCCUCGGAGCGAACAGGAUAUGACACUACCACCACACCUCCGUAGCUUUCCCAAGAGGGAGAUGGAAGCAAAUCCACCACCCGUCAAACACCAAUCGCCUCUGGUAUCGCCUCCUGCGACGCGCCCUGCCACGCCUCCAGUUUUGUCUCCACCGCCUACUGUGGUGCAGACCCCAGGGUCCAAUAGAUCAGCCUUGGGAACCAGACUCUGUAUUUCAACGUCAGAACUACAAAAACGUUGUCGCCGUCGGCAAUGA